GUUUUCACAAUGCUCUGACGUCACUUCCUCUUAAAUCCAGAUGGCACAUUCAUUUUGAGAGCUGUCCAAUAUGAAAUGGUCUGCUUGCGUAUUGCAAUGAAAGUUGCCGCAAUUUAUCUAAAUAAAAAAGUCAAUUAGCAUCAUAGCCAUCGCAAAGCCUUGUGUCAACCAUUAAAGAUGCCGUCUGUUUCUCAAGCUGAGUAUGGAAUCAAGGAUGUUUGGAGCUCAAACUUGGAGGUGGAGUUCAAAAAGAUCAGACAGGUUAUUCAGCACUACAAAUAUGUUGCCAUGGACACCGAGUUUCCAGGAGUGGUAGCCAAACCAAUUGGUGAGUUUCGGAGUACAGCAGACUACCAAUACCAGUUCCUGCGCUGCAAUGUGGACUUAUUGAAGAUCAUUCAGAUAGGCUUCACAUUCAUGGAUGAGAACGGAAACACUCCUUCACCCAUCUCCACGUGGCAGUUCAAUUUCAAGUUUGACUUAGGGGCAGAUAUGUACGCACAAGAAUCCAUAGACCUGCUAACAAAAUCUGGCAUUCAGUUUGACAAGCAUGUAGAGCAGGGCAUUGAUAUCUUCACAUUUGCAGAGAUGCUAAUGACAUCUGGUAUCGUGCUGUCAGACCAAGUGUACUGGCUAUCUUUUCACAGUGGCUACGACUUUGGCUACCUGCUGAAGGUCUUGACUGACUGUCCGCUGCCAGAGGAAGAGGAAGAGUUCUUCACCAUGAUCAAGCUCUACUUCUACAAUAUCUAUGAUGUGAAAUACCUCAUGAAGAGCUGCAAGAACCUCAAGGGGGGUCUGCAGGAGGUUGCAGAGCAGUUGGAGAUUGAAAGAAUAGGACCUCAGCACCAGGCUGGAAGUGACAGUCUGUUGACUGGGGCAGCAUUCUUCAAGAUGAGAGAGAUGUUCUUUGAAGAUAACAUUGAUGAUGCAAAAUACAGCGGCCAUCUGUAUGGACUGGGAACAUCAUAUGUGCAAAAUGGAACUGGCUAUGAAACCAAUAAUUUCUACAUAACAAACUCCCAUUCCUCCUCCACCCCUACAUUCUCCACUGGAAACAAUAAUUCAAAUGACUCUAGUACCCCAGUGCAGGUGUCAUCUUCAUGAUUAUAUUCUUCAUUUGUGUUUUGUUAGAAAAAAAUCAUUUGUGCUAGGGAUCUAUGCCUUUUGUAACAUUUUUAUACAUGUAUGUCAACAAUGGCCGGAUCUGAAGGAUGUCUCUUGUCUCAGAUAUGUUAGUUAAUGUAGAGAAAAUUCUAGCUUAAUCAAGCUCAUUAAGGAACAAGAGAAGAUAAAUAAAUAUGCAUAAGUGUUCAGCAUGAAAUGACAGCCAUUGCUGCUAGGAUGGUACAAGCACUGAAGCCCUGAGGUAACUUGCCAGCAUUGAUUUAUGGUAAUGGUUAAAAUGGGGUAAAAUGUUAGAAUAAUUGAGUGGGUGAUGAAAGGUGUGGAGAUGUGGGGUAAGAAGGUAACUAUAUUUGGACAUGCCUCGAUGACUGUAAGCUGCUCAAAGAAGAGAGGUGGAUGUGCUAUAAGAAAUAAGAGAUUUAUCUGUGAUAAAAUUGUCUUUGAAUAUGUUGAAGUUGUUUUAAAUUGACAUGGAAUUUGAAUGAUGUUUGAUACGAGUCAAGCUUGUGCUGACAUGAUAUCAUUUCUUGCAGGGAAAUAUAUAUUUUUAGAGACUUUGUGUCAGGGAUAUUUUUUCACUUCGAUGUUUUGUGCCAUACUUUUUCAUUGAUAAGUGUAUUUUAUCUCUGUGUAAACUAAUUUAUUUUGUAUUCAUAUAAUAUAAAAUAUCAUGAACUUUGCAGGUAAACAUUCAUUUUAAUGCCCAUUCAAAAGUUAAAAAUGAACUAUUAUAUUAUAUGGAUUAUUUUCUUUUUUUAUUUUUGUAUUUAAGAUUUAAGAAAGCAAUAUUAAUACAAAAGGUUUACUGCUGUGCUUAAUCAUUUUAAGCACUGUAAUGUAAAAGAUUUUUAUGUUGUAUUACAAUCAAAUGCCGCCCAUUGAUUGAAAGAAUGCCUUUCAAAAUCACUUGCGUUUGCUGAAUACAGUUUAGUAUUUAUUUUUUUUUAAUUUCAAGUGCUUUAAGUAUGUGUUGCCCUGUUUGAAAUGUAAAUCUUGUGAUAUGUUUUCUAAGCGUGCUUGUGAUAAACAGUGUCGUUUAAGCAACAAUAUUUCCAUUUUGUUACCAAUACUUUGAUUAUACAAUAGCAAUGACAUUAGUUUCAGACAUUGGGUCAUUUUAAGAAAGAAAUUUUGUUGCUACAACAUCACAUGUUUGAUUUUAACAUGUCUUAUUUUGAAAUUUUAAAACAUCUUCACCAUUUUCAUUGCUGUUGUAAGCAUUUUUAAGACAAAAUGGUGAAGAUAUUUUUUUGCAACACAUAUUAUUGAUUUUAUUUUAAAUAAGUUAAUACUUUUGCAUGACAAUUAAAGUUUUUUAAAAUAGCGUAGACAAAAAGACUGGAAUGUGCUUAAGAUAUUUGACAUAAAGCAUGAUUUAAUUGUGGUCUGAUAUCUUGAUGCGUAAAGUUUCCUACCUAUCCGCAAGGCAGUUAUAUUUGUAAUUUAAGAAGAUUGAAAUGUUUAGAGGUAUUGUGCAGAGAUCUUUUAAUCAUACUUAUGUGAAUGCAAUAUCAGCUUGGUUAUUAUUUUUAUAUAUUUUAAUUGUAAAUAGAAAUUGAUAUUUGAAUCUUCAUUGUGAUUUUGUCUGUGAAAUGCUUACAAUGUUUUAUCACAGUUUCAAAGGGAACUGAUGUUUUAAACAUUUUUUGUGAAAACCAUUCUUUUAUUGAACUCCUAUUUAUUUUAUCAUUUACCUUUGCACACUCAAGGUUUUGUCAAUAAUUUGUAAUCAUAUCACACAGGGGGUAAUCAUGCGACGAUCAAGAUUUCAACAUCUGUGCAGAAUCAGGUAUUUAUUCCAGUUUUAUACCCUAUGUUCCUUUUGUUUCAUGUUAAAAUGCCGCUCACUUUCCAUCCAUAUCAGUAAGAAAGUGAUAAGUGUUAAUUUUGUAUUUAUAUUUGCUUUAUAUCUCGACUUUGCUGGCUAGGAAUUUUUCUAAGCAGGAACUGUAAUGUUGUGAUCCCACUAAGAAAUUUAGUGGCGAGUGAGUCAAGAUAUAGAGAGAAUAUUUAUAUGAAAUAAACGCUUAUCACUUUCUUGCUGAUAUGGAUGAAAAGUAAGUGGCAUUUAAACAAUUAAACAAGUAAUUAAGGAUAUGAAAAGGCCAAAAAUACAGGGCCAUUACCAUCUUGAUUGUCCCGUGAUUACCCUCUCUGAUAUAAGUCACCUUAGAACAUUUCAUUUAAAGCUUCUCAUUAAGUUGUCCCAUUUGUCUAAUGGGAUUUGCUUUUAACAAGUGCAUCUUUUUCUUACUGCCAAUAAAUCUUGGCCAAAUGUUUAACCAGUUAUCUAAGGCUCUAUAUGAGUUUAAAUGUUAAUAUUCUCUUUUUAUUCUUCAUAAUAAUAAAUGGUUAUUAUUAUGAAAGUACAUGUAUGUAUAUUAAAAAUGUGUGCAAGUUUCGUACUUUAAACACAACUUUUGUCACUUGAAAAUAAAAACACAAAAUAAAAUUAAUGAUUAUACAGUGCUCAAUUCCUAUUUGUCUACACACAAACGAAGUUUGUAUUCAAGAUUUUUAUUAAACAUAUUUAAAAAAACAUAAAAAAAAAACAGAAAUAGUCCUUAUGUGCAAUAUUUUGAUUUUUAAGAUUUUUUUUCAAUGUGUGCUGAUGGCAAACUUUGCACUUGUGCAUAUUUUUCUAUCUUUUAAUAUCUUUUUAUUUUCCUUUCCUGUAUGAUUGUGAUAUCAAAUACUUGUGCGUGUUUUUCGUAGUUUAUUUUCUGCAUUAAGCUGAUAGUGAAAAUAGUGUAAUGUUUUACUUAAUAACAGUUGAAUGUGCCAAGUCAUUUGAGUGUUUAUUUUUCUUUUGAAAUGUUUCUAGAUAUGGUAUAACAUUGGACCUUAAGUAAUAUACCACCAUGUUCAAAAAUAGUGUGUAUAAUGUGUGUUGUAUUCUCAACAAAUAAAGGGAGCAUAAUGUUGCUGCCCUUUCUGUCAGUCAGAAUUCUAUUAUUCAUAGUACUUAGUUUACAAGACUAUGAAAUGAAUUUUGUGAUAAUUUUUGUUUUCUACUUUAUGUCCUUACUUCAUUCCUGCCGUCUCUUGGCCCAUAGUUUGACAACAUUCUCGUCAAAAUGUUUUAGGGAGUUAUUGCCUUUUGAAUGAUGAUUCAUGUCCUUAAAAGAUCUCAGAAACUGUUGGUUGCAUCUGAUGAAACUUUUUUUGCAGUGUUAGAUUGGCCUACUAAUGUUCAAGUCCAAAGAUAUGUCCGGAAGUUGAAAAGGUAUAAUAUUUCUUUUAAAAUAAGGUAAUUUUUGUUUUUAUUAAACUUAUUAGUCGACUGUAUGUCAUUUUUGGCAGCUUCUUAACCAAGUAGGUCAUGAGCAUAUUGUUAGGUUUGUCUGGUUUGAGGAUCUUUUGUAGAAUAAUUGACUUACUAUCUUGUUUUCAUGUCCAUAAUGCACCCGUAUACUGCCAAAGCGCAUUAUCAAGGAUUGGUCAGUUUCAUGAAUUUACUUAUAUUAUUUAAACAAUUUGUAUGCCCCCAGUAGGGUGGCAUAUAGCAGUAUAUUAUAUUAUUUAAAACGAUUAUUAUGCCCCCAGUAGGGUGGCAUAUAGCAGUUAAACUGUCCGUUAGUCGGUCUGUCUGUCCAUCUGUCUGAAAACUUUUACAUUGUUAAUAACUUUUGCAACAUUAAAGAUAGCAUCUUGAUAUUUUGCAUGCAUGUGUAUCUCGUGGGGCCGCACAUUUUUAGUGGUGAAAGGUCAAGGUCAUCCUUCAAGGUCUAAGGUAAAAAAAAAAAUUCCAAAGGAAUUAAGUUCAAGUAACACGCUUUAAAGAGAGAUAAUUUCUAUUUAUCAGGCAGGUACAGAUCAUUUUCACAAGGGAAGUAAUAUUUUUUAAAGGGAUAUAAUCGACAACAAAAAAAAUAAAUCAAAGCGGCGCAGUAGGAGGCAUUGUGUUUCCGACAAACACAUCUCUUGUUAGAUACUAUAUGACAAACAGUUUUAUAACUAAGCAUAUUUGAAACUUGUAUUUAAGAGUUUGACUAAAAGUAUUGCUUGUGGUUAUGAAAACAAUAGGUAAUAUCGUGUUUCAUUUGUGAGUUAAUUACUUGUUUUAAAUAAUUAUAUUCAUUUUCCCCCCCAUUUUCAGAACAUACAUAUAAUUGGAAGAACACGUCUCUUUAAUUUCACUUCAACAUGCUUCAAAAGAUUUUUUGUUCUCUUGACUUUGUUAAGUUUCUUAAUGUACUCUCUAAUUAUUUUAAUUUUCUCCCAUACAAUCUGUAGUGUAUUAUAAGUAUAACUGUGUAUAUGUGAGGCAUGAAACCGAUGGAAACGGCCAUCUUUUAAUGCUAACCUUGAAUGACUAGUAAUGCGUAGUAGUGUUUUAUGUCUGUAAAUAAAAAUUAACACAAUUCACAAAACAA